AUGGAGUCCAUAGCGGUGAAACCAAGCGUCCUUCGAAACAUUCUGGUAAGAUUCUUCUUUUUCUGUGUACUCAUCGUCGGCAUUCGAUUCGCUUACAUUGUCACAAUCAGAGGCGAGUCCUGCGACGUCGGCGACUUCUGUUUCUUCUCUCUCCCCGAAAACCUCAACAUGGUCACCGUUAUCGGGCAGUUGAGCACCUCUUCCUCAGCCAUCAUCGUAAACGACGCUGUCCCGCCCAAACCCAAAACUCCCGAUCUUUGGGCCACCAAAGGUUUUCAAAACGCUGUACGUUUCUACUCAUCUAUUUUUCAGGAUCUGAUCUCCGAGGGCUAUUUAUCGCCUAAUUCGAAGUCUCUUUGCGUUGAAACCCAAACGGGUCCAGAAGUUUUUGCUCUAAAAGAAAUCGGAGUUUCGGACUCCAUUGGAAUUUUUAAGAAAGCAUCAAAGCCAUUAGUAAUUUCAGGUCAGGCGACUAAACAACCUUUCAAACAUAAUACUUUCGAUUUCGUAUUUUCCGGGGCCGGAAUGCUCGAUAAAUCCUCCAAACCGGCCGAAUUUGCGGCCGAGAUUUGCCGAACCCUUAAGCCCGAAGGGUUUUUGGUGGUUCACACGGCGGCCAAAGAUACUUAUAGUUUCAAUUCGUUUAUUGAUUUGUUCAAUUGUUGUACAUUGAUGAGGUCUAGAGAUAUUGAUGGGUUUGAUUCAUCUAUGCCAUAUAUUCGUGAAAUUGUUAUGAAUAAAGGGGGUGAGAUUGGAAUUCUUGGCCAUGGGACGAAAAAUCCCGGUGGCGAUUCAGUGAACGAGUGCUCUGUUUCAGGGCAUAAACAAGAAUUGAUCCGGAAAGCUGAGCCGGUGAUUAUAGAGGAACCCUCAAAACCAUGGAUUACAUUGAAGAAGAAUUUAAAAAAUAUUAAGUACUUAUCGUCGAUGGUUGAUAUUAGUUUUAAGCAGAGGUAUGUGUAUUUUGAUGUUGGAGCAAGGAGCUAUGGAUCGAGUAUUGUGAGUUGGUUCAAGAAACAGUAUCCGAAGCAGAAUAAAACAUUUGAAAUAUAUGCUAUUGAGGCUGAUAAGACAUUUCAUGAGGAGUACAAGUACAAGAAAGGGGUCACAUUGUUGCCUUAUGCAGCCUGGGUAAGAAAUGAGACUUUGUUCUUUGAAAUUAAUCAAGACCCAGGUCAUAAAGAAGUGGAGAAAGGUAGAGGAAUGGGUCGGAUACAACCAGCUCAGUUGGAGAGUAGUUCUGUUGGCGAUGUGGAUAAGAUUAAGGGGUUUGAUUUUGCAAAUUGGUUGAAGAGUGUGAUAUCGCCGAGAGAUUUUGUGGUGAUGAAGAUGGAUGUGGAAGGGACUGAAUUUGAUUUGAUUCCAAGGUUGUUUGAGACGGGAGCAAUUUGUUUGAUUGAUGAGAUCUUUCUUGAAUGCCACUACAAUAGGUGGCAGAAAUGCUGCCCAGGUGAGAGGACUUCCAAGUAUCAGAAGACUUAUGGCCAAUGCGUAGAGCUAUUUACUUCUCUUAGGGCAAGUGGAGUUCUGGUUCAUCAAUGGUGGUGA